AGAAGCUCGCAACCGGUACAGAAACCAGCCACAACGGCAGCACGCAGCCACACACCCCCUCGCAAGCAUGCAAAGCAUCAAAGCAAAGCGUUGCCACUGAAAGAGCGGGUGCAGGGCCCGGUGGCCCGGUGGCCAGGUGGUGGAAGCGACGGAGGGACAUGGACCGCCCCAAGACAACACACAAUAAGGAAGCAAAGGCGCCAAAGACUCCUGUGGGAGGCUCGUACGGACCACCCUCCACCCGACAGGGUCAUCGCGGCCCACAACAAACAAAGCUCCACAACCGGAAUGAAAGCCUGCAGACAUCAACUGCCCACCACACC